AUGUCUGACGAAAAACCCUCCAUUUCUACCCUUGCAAAAAUAGCAGAAAGCGAGCCCCAGAACUUACAAGCUCAUGCCGACAAAGUUGCAUCUCUAGAGUUUUUCGGCGAUGAUGCUUCUCAUCAUACACUAUUCAAGGAUUUAAAAUUCCCCAACCUUGAGACUCUUUGGCUAGAUGCCUCGGACCACAAUGACGACACAUCUCUGGAACCGUAUCUUCAACCUAAGCUGAAGCGCUUUAUCUUCUACGGAGGGCCCAUCUCAGAUUCCUUCCUAGACAAGCUGCAGACUUCUUGUCCGCUCCUAGAAGAGCUACUCAUCGAUAACCCGCGGGACCUCAUCUCCCCUGAGGGUUUCCUUCAGCUCCUUAACGGCGCUAAGAAUCUAAAGCGAAUAUCAGUUAUGUACGGCAUGAGCCGAGCCGUAACAGACUCCGUCAUUAUUGCUCUCGCUACAAAGCCCGGCCUUGAAAUUCUAGAGUUCCAGGAACUCAUUACUGCAGAACUGGCCUCGAGAAUCGUCACAGAACAAUCCCGGAACGACGUCGAGGAAAAGCUUCUUCCGCAAUUUCGUGAAUUCAUCUGUGUUGCGGAGCCUGGAGGACUUACGAGCCUACUGCCGUAUCUAUCUAAACUUACUCGCCUAGAAGCGAAUAUCGUAUAUGAAGGUUUUCCUUUAACCACGGUGCAGGACCGCGUAGUCCACAGUAUCGGCUCGCAAUGUAUUAACCUACAGAAUUUAAGGUUGGAAUACAGAGCUAUAGAGGGUCAACAUAUUCAUAUCCCCUCGGAGGCUCUCGUCAAGCUAGCGCAGGGGCUUGGCAAGUUAGAGGAGCUCAGCAUUUCUGGCAAUAAGGUCGAAGCUCCAGAAUUCGGUGAUUCUCAAUUUGCCAGUAUAAUACAAGCCCAGCCGCGCCUCAAGGUCCUACAUUUGAAAUUCAUAUGCUACCUUACGGAAUCUUCAUUGAUAGAGGCUGCCAAGAACGGCGGCACGAGGCUAGAGGAACUCGAGCUCAACGGGACUUACAAUCUUCUAAAUCUAGCAGAUAGUCAUGUUUCGCUUCCCCAGUUGUUGUCGCUCGAGCUUGGGCAACUGGCGUCCCUUUCUUCCGCAGAAGAUGCGAUAACUAGAGAAGCAGCUAAUAUUGCUCAACUUCUAAAGAAGAUCGCGCCUAGAUUGGAAUAUUUUGACGUGGUGUCUGGGAAUACCGUUAGUGAUAUGGUAUCGUACGAGCUGGAUGAAAUAUAA